CGCCCGCUGGUCUAAGGACGCUGCCGUCCCGCCGUCCUUUGCUAUACUCUAUCCCCGCCGCAUCCUUAAAAUUCCCACUAGGCCACCACCAUGGUUCUCAAACGCUUCCAGAGCAUGCUGAACAAGCGCCCGGGCGGCGCCCCGGACGACAGCCUUGCAUCCGAUCUAGAUACACCUGAAGCAAAUGCGGCGCGAGGCGUGCGACUGUUCUGCGAGUCUGGAUCCGCGAACACGGGAGAAGAGGUCCUGCACCUCCCCAUCAUUGUCGAAUCCGCCGUCGCCAGCCCCAAUGCCGCCGCCGCUGCCUGCUCCCAAAUCAAGAAGUUCCUCUCGAAAGAGAACUACACGCGUCCGCAUGUCCAGUACAACGCCAUCAUGCUCAUCCGGAUCUUGGCCGACAACCCAGGCCAGUCCUUCACUAAGAACAUGGACAAGAGCUUCGCCGACACCGUAAAGCACCUUCUACGCAAUGGCCGGGACCCUAGCGUGGGCCAGAUACUCCGCGAGACACUGGACGCUCUCGAGCGGGACAAGGCCUACGACACAAAUCUGAACGCUGUUUUUGCGAUGUGGAGGAAGGAGAAGGGCCUGAUGGCCAGCGCAGGCCACCCCCCACAGUCGUUUGGACCUCGGACUCUGAAUGCUCCUGCGUGGAGUGGUGGCGGUGCACCACCUGGAGUCACGUCCGAAUCCUAUGGCCGGAACUCGAGGCCAGAACGUGCUCUUCCACCACCUACUGAGCUCUCUGCUCGCGUCGAAGAAGCCCGCACAUCUGCCAAACUGCUCCUUCAACUCGUCCAAUCCACUCCUCCGAAUGAGCUACCAGGGAACGAUCUCGUCAAAGAGUUUGCUGAUCGCUGUCUAGCCGCUCAGAGGAGCAUACAAAACUACAUCAACUGCGACAAUCCACCUCCAGACGAUGACACCAUGCUUACGCUCAUCGAAACCAACGAGCAGCUCUCUCUCGCAGCAUCCAAGCACCAACGCGCAGUACUCCAAGCUCGAAAGGUUCUUGGACCCUCUCCCGUUCCUACUCCUCCAAUUUCAACCGCCAAUAACGACUACCCCCUCCCCGCUAUCCCUCAAUCAAGCGCCCCACAAUUACCACCCUUCACGCAAACCAAUUCCAUAAGCCCCCGCGACCCAAACCCAAUACCCGCAUAUACCGCUCCAUCUCCCAUUCCAAUCGCCCUCCAAGCCGCUCCCCACCGCACGCGCACCGCCUCACCAAGUUCUAACUAUCCGGACGACCCCUUCUCAGACCACGGCUCUAACGCCUACGAUCAUCCUGCUUCGCCCAGCAACGCGCCUCCACCACCACCGCCACCUCGCACCUCGGGCUCACCAAAUAGCUACCACCCGGGCUACUCGACUAGUCCGAGCUAUCUCCAGCGUCAGGAAAGCGCGGGCAACAACGUUACCAUGCACGGCGGCGCUUCGCCACCAAACGGAGGAGAGCAGGACGCGUGGAGCAGUGAGCCACGGACGCCAGAGCAGGUGGGGCGGAGGCCGGUGGGAGGAGGAGUAGGUAGGAGGGAGAGUGAGGAUGUAAGUCCGGUUGCGGAGAGAGAACAGGUCACAUACAGGUACUAGUUCUGGCGAUGAUUGUGGUGGUUUCGAGAGAUAUGCUUCAGUUUUGAAGCGGGUUCUUGUGAUGGAGGAGGCUUUUGGCGGUUUUGCUUUAGGCGAUGG